AUGGAACGUGUCCUUCUCACCAGUUUUUCCACGGCAACGGUGCCAACCAUGGAGAUUAAGACUUUGACCGAGUUGACGCUUGCGCCACAAACAGUGGCCAUUGCUGUUCUCGUGAUCGUAGCAUGUGCUUUCUUCCAAAAGAUUCAUUUGGAGUGGCAGGUUCGCAAACUGCCUGCCUUUCACGAUGCAAUCAGUAGUGAGGCGCAUAGAAAGCAGUACAUCAAAUCAGCGAAGAGAUUGUACAGGGAGGGCUAUGAGAAGGUGAAUUCUGAUGUGGUAUUGUCGAGGCUUCAACUAACAAAUUCCAAGUUCAAAGACUCGGUCUGGAGAGUUACGUCAGCCGACGGAUUUCACCAAGUCGUUGUUUCUCCUAGUCUUUUACCAGAAUUGAGAAAAAUCCCAGACUCAGUGCUCAGUAUUGAGAAAGCUGUCGCACAAUUUUUCGAAGUCAAGUACACCAGGCUGCUUGCCAGCGAUCGUGAUAUUGCUUUUCUCAUCCACUCGAUCAAAAGUGAUCUUACUCCAGCUCUUGCACGCUUGAACGGUAUUGUUUAUACCGCUGUUGAGGAAGCCCUGAAAGAAGAGAUGCCAGCCGACUGCGAAGACUGGACUCCAGUGAAGAUCAACGCAAAACUGAUCACCAUGGUGGCAAAGAUCACUGGUCUCAUUUUUGUUGGUCCAGAGCUCUGUCACAACGAAGAUUAUGUCGACUCUGCGAUCAAUUAUCCCGGGAAUGUGGUCGCAGCGGCACAAGCAGUCAAGUUGAUACGACCUUUCUUGCGCCCUUGGCUCGCUCCUCGCCUCCCAGAGCUGCGGAAGUUAGACCAAACCGAGAGGAAGGCUAUGCAGAUGUUAGAGCCUAUUGUUAAAGCGCGACGCGACGCCCAAGCAAAGGACCCGGAUCUGCAGCAACCUAAUGAUAUGCUUGGUUGGCUGAUGAAACGAAUGGAUAAAGAAGGAAUUCGAGAUAAUUUAGUGCUCGCAAAGCAGCAACUAAUUCUCAUUUUUUUAGCAGUACACACCACCUCUACAACGGUAACGAAUGUUCUCUACACUCUCGCGGCUUCUCCCGAAUACAUAGAGCCUCUCCGGGAAGAAGUUCGCCAGGCCAUCGCUGAGAACGGAGGCACCGUUACCUCCCGGGCUCUCGAACGAAUGGUCAAACUUGACAGCUACAUGAAAGAAACCAGCCGCUUCUACAGCGGUAUAGUCAAUUUCCAGCGCAAAGUCGUUCACGGCUUCACCCUCUCCAAUGGCCAGUACAUUCCUCCAGGAGUCAUCAUCGAAGCGCCAUCCCAUGCCAUCUAUAUGGAUGACGCCAACUUUCCUCGUGAUUCCCAGCCCGCCGAGGUCUUUGAUGGCUUCAGAUACUACAAGUUACGUCAAUCUGGGCUAGUUACGGACCAUGCACGCAACCUCUUUGUCACGACUAACGAGCACAAUCUGGGAUUUGGAUACGGCAAACAUGCUUGUCCAGGGCGAUUCUUUGCGGCAAAUGAGAUUAAGAUGCUCCUCGCGAGGUUGUUGCUCGAUUAUGAUUUCAAAAAUGAGGGUGACAGCAUGGAGCGAUAUCCACCAAUCGAGAUUGGGGGCUUCACGAGUCCUGAUCCUUCCAAGAAUCUCUUGUUCAGGAAGGUGAGAGUAUAA